CAGGCGCGUCGCGGCGCCGGGGCGCGGGGCUUCUGGAGGAGGCGGCAGUGGCCAGCGAGGCGGCGCCGGCCGUGGACUUCGGACGACGGAGGGGUCACCAUUAGGGGACUCCUGAGGUCCUAUCUCCAGGCUGUGGUGACUGCGCUUUCCCUGGAGUGGAAGCUGCUGGAAGGCAGACCGGCCGCCAUGUCCACGUUCAGGCAGGAGGACGUGGAGGACCAUUAUGAGAUGGGGGAGGAGCUGGGCAGGGAAAGGCGUGGUUUACGGAACCGGGGAGUCCAGGUGUGCGGCGGCCGCAGGUGUGGCUGGGUGCUGGUGUGUGCGGUGCCCUGUGUCCCCCGGGCCGAGGUCCACUCCAGCGUGGAGGAGGCGCCCUGGCAGACCCGCGCGGGUGACCGGGAGGAGAUUGAGCGGGUGAACAUCCCUGCGGGAGAUCCGGCAACCCCAACAUCAUCACCGCAACGACAUCUCCGAAAACCAGCGGACGGGUCCUCAUCCUGGAGCUGGUCUCUGGCGGGGAACCUUCGACUCCCCUGCGGAAAGAGUCCCCGCUCCACGAGCCCCCUCCCGCCCCAGCCGGAAAACAUCAUGCUGCUGGACAAGAACGUGCCCAACCCACGCAUCAAGCUCAUCGACUUCGGCAUCGCGCACAAGAUCGAGGCGGGGAAUGAGUUCAAGAACAUCUUCGGCACCCCAGAGUUUGUGGCCCCAGAGAUUGUGAACUAUGAGCCGCUGGGCCUGGAGGCAGACAUGUGGAGCAUCGGCGUCAUCACCUACAUCCUCCUGAGCGGUGCAUCCCCGUUCCUGGGCGAGACCAAGCAGGAGACGCUCACCAACAUCUCAGCCGUGAACUAUGACUUUGACGAGGAGUACUUCAGCAACACCAGUGAGCUGGCCAAGGACUUCAUUCGCCGGCUGCUCGUCAAAGAUCCCAAGCGGAGAAUGACCAUUGCCCAGAGCCUGGAACAUUCCUGGAUUAAGGCCAUCCGGCGGCGGAACGUGCGUGGCGAGGACAGCGGCCGCAAGCCCGAGCGGCGGCGCCUGAAGACCACGCGUCUGAAGGAGUACACCAUCAAGUCGCACUCCAGCAUGCCGCCCAACAACAGCUACGCCAACUUCGAGCGCUUCUCCAAGGUGCUGGAGGAGGUGGCGGCGGCCGAGGAGGGCCUGCGCGAGCUGGAGCGCAGCCGGCGGCUCUGCCAUGAGGACGUGGAGGCGCUGGCCGCCAUCUACGAGGAGAAGGAGGCCUGGUACCGCGAGGAGAGCGACAGCCUGGGCCAGGACCUGCGGCGGCUGCGGCAGGAGCUGCUCAAGACCGAGGCACUCAAGCGGCAGGCGCAGGAGGAGGCCAAGGGCGCGCUGCUGGGGACCAGCGGCCUCAAGCGCCGCUUCAGCCGCCUGGAGAACCGCUACGAGGCGCUGGCCAAGCAGGUGGCCUCCGAGAUGCGCUUCGUACAGGACCUGGUGCGCGCCCUGGAGCAGGAGAAGCUGCAGGGCGUGGAGUGCGGGCUGCGCUAGGCGCACUGGGAUGGGCCAGGCCCCAGGACAGCUGGAGCUCGGCCUUCGGUGGGGGCGCUUACUUGGACGCUGCUCCUCCUGUCCCGUUCCAGCCCUUGUACACGCCCCCAGGCUGGAGGUGGAGUGGAAAGAGCUGGAGGGCAAGGGUGGGUGUGGGACGGGGCUGCUUCUCUGCACAGCCUCCAAGCCGGCCUUCACCUUCGCUCCUGCAUCAUCAAUGACGCUGGGACCCUCCAGGCAGCGUGGCUUCUGGCGCUGUGAGGGUUGGGACCCAGGAUGGGACUGGCUACCGAGGCACAGCGGCCGUCCCAAUGCAGCCCUGGCCCAGGCCCAGGCCUGGGGGAGGGUUUGCGGGCAGUUUGGCGGGGUGCUGCCCGCUGCUGCCACUGGCCCAGGAGGAGGUCGUGGGACGGGGAGGGUGGGGUGGACGGCGGACAGGCAGUCCCCACGCUUCUGGGUGGCGCCGGGCUUGGUGGGGUCUUCUACCAUGUGCCCUCCUUGCCGAGGCCCGUUCCCUGGAUGUGGGGUCCUCUGCUGCGGACUCCUCCGCGAGCCCCGUCGUGGCGCGUGUGCAGAGGCCUAGACAAGAGCGGCCCUCUGCAGCCAAGAGAAAUAAAACACCGGCUUCCAGAUA